CUUAAACCUAACAAAAACAUUAAAAGCGUGGAAGAGAAAGAGAGUGCAGGGUGAAGAAGCAUCUCCUCUCCUCUACUAUGGCGAUGGACAGCGUUUACGGUUCGUCUCCGCCGUUUCAGACGGCACCGUUUGGCCACCCGCGUCAUUUUUACCUCGCAGUUGACAGGCUCCACUUCAAAAUGCAAACGGUAAUCGAACUUGUGGAUCUGGUGGCUCGACGUCCAUCCUUGCCCAUCGUGGUCUGUUGCAGCACCGACGAUCUCGACUCUCUCUGCUCCUCUUCUCUCCACUCUCCCCUUCGUUUCCCCUCCUCUGCUCUGUAUAGUGAUCUCGCUGAAGAUGAACGCGCUUCUCUUUUAGAGAAAUUUCGACAGGUAACAGCACGGUGGAGCCAGUCGAAUCACGGUGGAGCGCCGGACGAGGAUGAUAUUGGGAAAGACGAGAGAUCUCACAUGAUCAUUGUAACAGACGCCUGCCUCCCUCUCCUUUCUUCUGGCGAACUUCCCUUGAAUGCUCAUCUUCUCAUUAACUACGAGUUACCGGCAAAGAAGGAGACAUACGCUAGGCGAUUGGCAACUUGUUUUAACAGCCGGUCCUUUCUUUAUGGCCUACUUCUGCACUUUUUUAAGUGGCCAAAACUAGAUACGUUCCUUGAUGGCUAUCUUGUUCUAUUUUCCUUGUCAAAAAUUGAAGUUUUUUAUCUCGAAAUUUUGUUUAAUCCUUAGAGUAAGCCUUUAUUAUCGAGCUGAGUUUUCAAUUUUGACUGAAACCAACACAAAUAAGAGCUAAGGAACUGUACUUAAACUUUUGUCCAAGUAUGUGAUAGUUUUGUAUUUUGUAUUGCUGCUAACAUUCCUGAGUAAUGUGCAGACGGGAUUGUUAUUAAUAUGGUAGUUAGUGGUGGGGAAGUGGUGACUCUAAAAAGUAUUGAAGAGAGCAGCAAUAUUGUCAUGCAAGAGAUGCCUAUGCGAAUUCUUGACAUUUUAUGAAGAUCUUUAGUCUUUGCUCUUUCUUGAAGAAAGCAAAGUUUGAUCGCUUGCAUUCCUGAAUGUUUGAAGACAUGAGGCUCGCUCAUUUCUUCGAAUAUUCUGAGAGUGGGUCCACUAGCCAGUGCUGCAAAAAAAAUUCUGAUUUUUUAUUAGUAUUUUGGAUGUGUAGAUUUUCAUUCUAGAUUACAUCUUUUAUAUUUAAAAUUAAACACAGAAAUUUGAUAGAAAUGACACUUUUUAAUCAUCUCUUUUCUCGGAGAUAUAAUUGUAAUAUAUACUUUAACAUGAUAAAAGUGGUAUUUGAGGGGAGGAAGCACUUGA